CAAAACAUUGUCCAAUGAGUUCUGAUGCAUUCUUAUAUCAGACAUGAUGUUUCUGUGUGCCUCUGCUGCUUCUGUAGGUCAGUGGAUGACAAAAGAAUACUUGGUGGUGAAGAAAAGCUGUCAAGAAAGGUAUGUUAGGUGUUGAUGUAUCAAGGACUUCCAUAAAGAUUACAGUUUGCAAAGAAAGCACUGUUAGAAACAGUGUUCAUUGGUGAUGUCACUGAUGGUCCUAGGUCAAGGGGUUACAGACUCCAAAUGCAACCAACCUCUAGAGGGCAACAGCUGUAUUGGCGCUGCAACGUACACGUGCUAGAAGAAGAUCGAUUAUGACGUCAUCGCGUUUGAGCAUGCCUAUUACGCUCGAACAUAAACAAAGGCAGGACGUAGGGCUGCAAUAACUACACUCCCCGGUAAUUUUAUAUCCUAACUGUACCGAAAAAUAGGAGAGCGAUUUCUGGAGUCAUGGAAAACGCAUUAUUGAUGCGAGUGAGUGUGUUUACCGACCAAGGAGGCAGGAAAUACAUGGAAGAUGUGACCGAGGUCAUAGUAGAGCCCGAGCCGGGAGAAGAUGAGCCGACUUUGGGUGAACCAGAAGAGAGCAGUGGGGGAGACUGUACGGUCAGUUCUCUGGCUGGGGACACGCAUUCAGACCGGACUGGCGAAACCGUGGGGACCCCGCAGGUUUCAGAUGCAUCAUGUGGACCUGUGCGAACGGAAGACCAAAGUAUAUCAGUGGAAACAUCUUUACCGGGAGGUCAGAGCCCGCCGCGAGGUCAGAGCCCGCCGCGAGGUCAGAGCCCGCCGCGAGGUCAGCCGAGCACCGCAGGUCGCUCCCGCCGUUCCGUUGCGUUCUUCGCUGUGUUUGACGGACACGGGGGUCGCGAGGCUGCGCAGUUUGCACGAGACUAUUUGUGGGAGUUCAUGAAGAAGCAGCGGGGGUUCUGGUCAGACUGUGACCGGGAGGUCUGCUCUGCUAUACGCAAAGGAUUUGUAGCCUGCCACCACGCUAUGUGGAAAAAGCUACCUGAAUGGCCAAAGACACUUACAGGCCUUCCUAGCACAUCGGGCACCACAGCCAGCGUAGUGGUCAUUCGAGGAAACCGGAUGUAUGUGGCCCACGUUGGGGACUCUGCAGUGGUUCUAGGGGUCCAGGAUGACCCCUCAGUCCCGUUCAUCAGAGCUGUGGAAGUCACACAAGACCACAAACCUGAACUACCCAGAGAAAGGGAGCGUAUUGAAGGUCUGGGAGGGAGUGUGAUCAAGAAAUCUGGAGUGAACCGGGUCGUCUGGAAGAGGCCAAGGCUGAGUCACAACGGCCCAAUCCGUCGGAGCACUGUCAUUGACCAGAUACCAUUCUUGGCAGUAGCCCGAGCUCUGGGUGAUCUGUGGAGCUAUGACUUCUACAGCGGGGAGUUUGUGGUUUCUCCAGAGCCAGACACUAGUGUGGUGACCCUUGACCCCAGAAAACACCGCUACAUCAUCCUGGGCAGCGAUGGUCUUUGGAACAUGGUGCCACCUCAAGAGGCUAUCUCCAUGUGUCAGAACAACGAUGAGGCAAUGGCACCGUGUGGGGUAUCGAGUGCCCGGCAGCUGGUCAGCCAUGCUCUGCUGCGGUGGCGCCAGCGCAUGUUGCGUGCUGACAACACCAGCGCCAUUGUAAUUGCCCUGCAGGAGCCUGGGACCUCCCAGGACACCCUGCACCAUGAGGAGGUGCUGCUCGAUUUAGCCAAGGUGUCCCAGUGUCCUCCCACCUCCAUAUCCCGCGCUGACACUCCUCUCCUUCAGCGGCCUAUAGAGGAAGACUCUCUCUCUGCCAUGUGUGAGCUUCUCCCUGCCUUGGAGCGACGGGACGGACUAUCAGGAAGCAGCAGCCUGUACCACAUGAAUCUGUCUGACCCGUUCACUCUGACUCCACUGUGUCCAAACAGUAGUACUGAGCUUCCCAGUCAGUCCAGUCCCACUGACAGGACAGUUGGCAGCAGGAUACCCAACAGCAAAAGAACUAUUGGUGGCUCAUCAUCACCGUCAUCAGGCCAGUCGGCUAAGAAAGCCCGGCAAAGGACUGCCGACAGGCUGCCACUGGUCCAACACAACGCAGAGAAGAAACAGAAGGAGUCCAGUAACGUCUCCCCCGUUCUCCAGCAGCAUAACAAGACCACAGUGUGUGUAUGCUGAAACAGACACAUCAACCUGCUGCUUUCCACUGUCAACCUGGUCUCCAGUGGCGUUUCUCUUCCUUAUGUUUGAAAUUCUCCUGUUCAAACCAACCUUGCUAUAGAGGUUGUGGAAAGACUUGUCUUCUUGCUCAGCACCAGUACAAUAAUCAUUUGAAAACUUAAGGUUUUUUUUGGAAGAGUGCUCAUUUUCAUAAGACAUCUUGUGUCUUUGUUUCAAAAUUCCUUCCUGAAAUGCUCUUUCUGGUAACAGUUGUAAGAAAUAAGUAUGACUACUGAUGCUGGUGUAGAUAUUAUGCAUUUUAUAGUUGGCUAUGGAGAAGUAAGUCACUGCUCAUUUAAAACAAAUAUAUAUUUUUGUAUACAUUGUUUUAUUGUACAAUGACACAGCAUGAACAUUUAGAUGAGCUCCACCACAGCUUUCAUCUCCUCCUCAUUCUGUCCAUAUUCCAUUGUGUGCACACCCUGUGCUUAAACCUAUUAAUGUAUUUUUAUUCUAAUCAUUUUAUUUAAUCACUGGAUAUUUGUCUUGAAUAUAAACUGAAGGUGCUGCUACAGUCACAAACCAUAAGCUACUACAUUGUGUAUAUUGAUGUAUAAAUAUAUGUAAUAAGUGUUGGUAGCAUUUAUUUUUUUCUUUGAGAGUAUGCAUUUGACAUAACACAUCUGCCCCUGUGAGGUUUCAAAUGAUGGAUUUUUUAAAGUUUAAAUUGCACAGUGCAUCUUAGGGAUAGAUCCACUCAUCAUCUUACAUUGUUGUCAUUUGUAAUGAAGCAUUACAGUUGAGUUUUAUGGUGUAUUCACUUCCCCCACUCAUACAUCAGGUAGUGAUUUUCUAUGUUUCCGAGAAUGCCUUUCAACAGCCCUCUUUUGUGCUCAAGCUUUUGCAGGAGUUGGUAUGUCUGUCUCUACAAUAAUGGAUUUUGCCCUCUGCGUUUGCUGAGCGUACAGGUGACUCUAAAACAAAGACUUCCUUUGAUUCUGAGGGACAGACCCAAAACCUGAUGUUUACAAUCAAUAUUAAUGAUUAUUUUGUGCUGCCAGACUUCCAUUGUGGCUGCACUGAAGGUAUCAGUGGUGUCACGCUGUCUAUGUUUGACCAUACAUCUGAGAAUAACAAAAAGUCCUUCAUCACAAGCAUGUCGGUCCCUACAGCCAGGGGACUGUCUCGCAUCACUAGUCCAUCCUGCCACCUUGUUUUAUCUUGUUUGCAACAAGACAAUACCAGUUCUUUCUGUUUUGUUGAGGCUGAUUGAGAGGUUUCUUUAGCAUUCCCCUUAAACAAGCCGUUAUCCCUCCAUGCUGCAGCUGCAGUUGUAUUGUUACUGAUGUAUGCACAAGGCUCAUUUGUGAGUAAAUACACUCUGCAUGGACUUUCUAAGAGAAUAUUUUUGCACUAUUAUGGUGACCUUAAUUGUCUUUGAGAAGGGAAGUGUUUUUUUCCUUUGAAAAUGAUGCACCAAGGAAUGGAUGACAUGAUUGGAGUCUUAAAUGAAACGCAGCAAAUGGAGGAUGUUUGAGGACAUAAAAUUAAAUGACAAGUAGAAGGGAAUCCUCAUUAAUCUCAGUAGAGUUUGCAGAACAUGGCCGUGCCCUCUUUUGCCUCUGAUGGUUUUAUUAUAUGACAGGGAAUGAUUCAAAUGAGAAAUAUUCAUUGCGAGAGAAGAAGAAGACCAUUGCACAGAUAAGACAUAUGUCUCAAUCUUUGUAAAACCUUGUUACAUGAUGAUGUAUUUUCACUGUGCUAAGUGCAAUUUCUAACAGGAAGUUGUAGCAAUAUGGAUUGGUUUAAAGUAUUGUUGAUUAACACCGUUGGAGGAAUGAUCAUUUUCACGAUUGAUAUAUUCUCUCUGCAAACACAGUCUGUUACUUGGCUCGGGAUCCCUGUAAGGUUUUUAUAUACUAUUUUUGAGAAUUCUCAUGAAUCUUAGUCUACUUAUUUACUCUGUUGAAUAAUGACAUCCCUGAUUCAGAUGGCUGUGCUAACAGCAUAAAGUGCAUGUGUACAGUGUAAAUGUGAAAAACACUUAUCUGGAAAUUAACCUAUUUAAAUAAAAAGCCCUCUGAAGUAAAGUGA